GCCUUUUCAGGUGAAUUGGGUUAUCACUCAGAAGACUUGAAUUUCAAUCAUUAAGUUCCAAGUUCAGAUCCCACUCUACACACUCAGUUUCAUUUACAAUGUUGUUCCACUGUUCCUCAAAAAUAAUAAAGGUAUUCAGUUUUUCCAACAAUGAAGGUAAUGUAAGUUGAUAUCGGUUACUUAGAAUUGUGUAUUCAUGCUGAAAUUUAUUUUGUGAUCGAGACUGAUGUAAUUUAUUAGAGAUGCGAAGCGCUCAAUGUGCUCAACUAUCUUAACAACCUGAAAUCAAACUUCAUAUUUCUGAAGUUCUUUGUACUUGUUAGGUGGAAAACUCAUGAUAAAAGUUUUAAGGAUUUCCCUCUGUCUUCCGACAGUUGAAUGGCUAUGUAACUCAGUAACUACUUGCACUUUCAUGUACUAGACCAUAAUCCAUACAUUGUGAGAGUUAGCUAUACAUCCUGGUUACUCAACUCUAUUAGGUGAAUUUUGAGGGUAUGGGAUCUUCAAACAACUUGGGAGGAAGAAAGUCAAAACCUAUUUAAAAUGAGUUUUCUUCGCACCAAUUUAUUUAGUGUGAAUUCUGUUCAUAGACUUUCACUAUGAUUUGUGUUCAUUCAAAACUGCUCAGUUCCCAAAUCAUAAUAAUUGUAAUCGACAUAUUAUGGGUAAUCUUAAAUGCAUUUUUGAAUUUCUACUGUCUUAAUCAACAAGGCUUUUUCACAACUAAACUUCUUAAUCUUGUUAGCGGAACAGGGAAGAAGAGAUUAGCAAAAGCCUCAUGCACUAUAGUGAGGUUGAAGCUAAUAAUAGCAUCUUCACUUUUACCGAAAUUUCAACAGAUAUUUUUACAUUAUAAACGGGCUGUGCUUUAAUUGUGUAAUUUGUUGAGUUUUUCCUACUUAUUUCAGAUGGACUACAUGAUAAGUACAGUCGAUAUAUUCAUUUCUUGUUAACAAAAGAAGGCCGCUCCUCAUAAUCAAUUCAGUUUUUUCUCAAUGAGGCUAAUUAAUUCAGCCAUUAAGUCUCCUUUUCGUCUAUUAAAAAGACAAUUUUCAAGUCAAAUUCAAAUUUGUAUCAUUGGUAGUGGCCCAUCAGCAUUUUAUACUGCUCAGACCUUACUAAAAAACCAUCCAGGUGUGCAUAUCGAUAUGUUUGAAAAACUUCCUUCGCCUUUUGGUCUAGUCCGUUAUGGUGUUGCUCCAGAUCAUCCUGAAGUAAAAAAUGUGAUAAAUACUUUUACAGAUGUUGCUAAGAAUACACGAUUUUCUUUCUUGGGCAAUGUUUGCAUUGGAAGAGAUAUUAGACUGAGAGAAUUACAAGAAGCUUAUUCAGUCAUUAUUUGGGCUUAUGGUACUGCUGUUGAUCGGCGUUUGGAUAUUCCUGGAGAGGAUUUACCAGGUGUUUUGUCUGCUAAAGAUUUAGUAGGAUGGUAUAACGGUGCACCCAGCAACGUCAAUUUUUCUCCUGAUCUCAGCUGUGAAACAGUUGCUAUUAUUGGUAUGGGGAAUGUAGCAGUUGAUGUUGCGCGGAUUCUUCUUUCUCCAGUUGAUCGAUUAAGGUCUACCGAUAUACCAGAGCCUGUGAUUGAUUGUCUAUCAAAAAGUAAAGUUAAGAAUGUCAUCUUAAUUGGUCGAAGAGGUCCUUUACAUGUGGCGUUUACUCUAAAAGAAAUUCGCGAACUCUCAAAACUUCAUAUAACUUCAUCUCAGUCUAAAUGUUUCAUAAACUUACUACCAAAGGAUGUAUUCUCUGUAACUAUGGGGACAUCUGAUCAAAUUCAAGAGUUGUUAUCAGAACUUCCUCGCCCUCGACGUCGUUUAACAGAAUUUCUGUUAAAAAUGCAUAAUUCUUCCGAUCACAAGAGGAAUCAUACAGCAUACCCAGUGUAUCAUUGUAACUUACAGUUCUUACGUUUUCCAAAAGAAAUUGUUUCUUGUGGGGAACAUCAUUCUGACAAAAAUCGUUCCAUAGUUUCUCACAUAAAAUUAGCAACAGUUAAGUUAAAUGGUCCGACCGGUCCUCAUCAGCAAGGUGUAAUAGACGAUACUCAACCCUUAGAAACUUUACCUUGUGGCUUAGUUGUGCGUAGUAUUGGCUACCGUGGCGUCCGUAUUGAUCCAGAUUUGCCAUUCGAUGAACAACAUGGAGUGAUUCUUUGCAAAGAUAACAAUGGACGCGUAGUUGAUCUACCACAAAUUUCUUAUAGUUUCUCUUUAAGCCCAAUGUAUUGUGCUGGUUGGAUUAAACGUGGUCCAAUUGGUGUAAUUGCUGAUACGGCUGUAGAUGCUCGUCAAACCGCUGAAACUAUUCUUAAAGAUUUGUCUGAAUUUGAAAAACGUGGUCAUGUAGAUGUAUUAAACAAACGUGGACUAUCUGUAGUCCAACGUUACCUUAACGAAAGAAGUUAGUUUUUGCCUUUUGACCAUACUUACGAUUUCAUCAUGUUUUUUACACAUGAUAUUAUGUGAGAAAAUUAACAAGUAUCAUUGAUCAAGCUUGAUGUUUCACUCUGUAUUUCUUUUUACCUAUUGAUUACAUAUUUAGACUAAUAGGAGGCUCACUUGGGACAUUUUAAUACUGCUUAUAUUAUUACACUGAUUAUUCACGUUAGUGGUACUCAGUAACCAAGUCUCCAUUUGAUUAUACAACUACCCACUGUUGAAACUAAAUUGGAUGAAAUGAGAUUCUCGCUUUCAACUUAGUCUUUUGAAUUAUAUCUUACUACGAGAAAACCAACAUAAAAAUAUAGUUACCACAGAUUGGGUUGGAAAAUGUACUGGACAUGUAUCGAUCUUUCUCACUAUCAAUGUCAAGCUAUGCAUUUGGUUUGUAAAGCCUUCUGUUACGAGUCUAUACUUUUACAAAGUCCUGAUCAGGAAGUUCUUCGUAUUACUACAUUAAUUAAAGUCAUCGAUUAAUAAAUUUGUAGAUUAAAACGUUGCAUUGAUCUAGUUACCGUAAAUCGGAUUCCAGUUUAUUUCUCUAGACCAGUCCGGAUUUUACAUGCAGAUAUACAUGUUGUAAAAUUUAAAAAUUGGGAACGUAUUGAUGAAGCGGAAAAAUUAGCCGGUCAAAUACUCGAUAAACCAAGAGAAAAAUUGACUACAAUUCAAUCUAUGUUAAAAACAGCUUUUACUGAUGUAGAACAACCUAAAUGAUCUCGCCGAUAGUUUCUAGUUGUAAUAUGCUUUUAUUUACUGUAUAAAUACCCUAAGUAGUAGGAUAUCUUUAAUAGUUUGUAUUCUCACUUCAACUCUAAAUUUGUGUAAUGCCAGUUAAAUUUCAUUAUUGCGAUAUUGUAUAAAAGAAAUCAAUUCUUA